GAGCGCCCGGCGGCUCCGGGCGGUGGACGAAGAAGGCGGCCCCGGCCCCUGCCCGUCCCGUGCGCCCACGGCCCCGCGGCCCCAAGCGCCCCCGGCCCCGGCCCCGUCCGCCGCCGCCAUGGCCCGGCCGCUGGUGCCCAGCUCACAGAAGGCCCUGCUUCUGGAGCUCAAGGGGCUGCAGGAGGAGCCGGUGGAGGGCUUCCGGGUGACCCUGGUGGACGAGGGCGACCUGUACAACUGGGAGGUGGCCAUCUUCGGGCCCCCCAACACCUACUACGAGGGCGGCUACUUCAAGGCGCGCCUCAAGUUCCCCAUUGACUACCCCUAUUCUCCGCCGGCCUUUCGCUUCCUGACCAAGAUGUGGCACCCCAACAUCUACGAGACUGGCGACGUGUGCAUCUCCAUCCUCCACCCCCCCGUCGAUGACCCCCAGAGCGGGGAGCUGCCCUCGGAGCGGUGGAACCCCACGCAGAACGUCAGGACCAUCCUCCUGAGCGUCAUCUCCCUCCUCAACGAGCCCAACACCUUCUCACCGGCUAACGUGGACGCUUCCGUGAUGUACAGGAAGUGGAAAGAAAGCAAAGGCAAGGACCGCGAGUACACGGACAUCAUCCGGAAGCAGGUCCUGGGGACCAAGGUGGACGCGGAGCGGGACGGCGUGAAGGUGCCCACCACGCUGGCCGAGUACUGCGUGAAGACCAAGGCCCCAGCGCCUGACGAGGGCUCGGACCUCUUCUACGACGACUACUACGAGGAUGCCGAGGCCGAGGCCGAGGCCGACAGCUGCUUCGGGGACGAGGACGACUCGGGCACCGAGGAGUCCUGACCCCGCGUUUCCGCAAAUAAACUGGCAGAUUUUA